AUGGAAAGAACACCCCUCCUUAGACAUCCAGCUAAUGGUAAGAAAUGACAAAAAUUAUGUUGCUUAUAAUAUAUAAACUUAAGUUUCUUAUACGUGCUGCAAGUUUCAAAGCAGCUUGUUUGGAGAGUUGAAACUAAUCAAGAAGGAAAGAAGUUAUAAACGGAGUUGCAACUAUACUCGUGAUUAACUUCCAUCAGCAUAGUUAAUAUAAUGUAUUGGACUUAAAAAAAAGUGUAAAUAAGCGAAAAAAGUUCGUGCCUUCUAACUACUUGCGUGUUAUAAAUGAACGCACGUAAAGGGACUUAUUAUUCCGUCUCGUGACCCAACUAUCAACAGGAAGUAGAGACAAGUACAUGAAUAAUCGAUUCUUUUAGAUAUCCGUAGGGUUUGCAUGAUUAUAACAUGCUGAAACAUGAAAUCUGAGACAUGACAAAGGUAGCUUAUACAAUGAAUAUAGUUACAUCGCUGAAAAUUUCACCGAAGGAAAUCAGAACUCCACUGAAUAUUCCAACUUGAUUACCUUUCAAACUGAAAAAUUGCUGGUGAAUUUUCCACUCUAGUUCAUUAAGAGAAAGGGGAAUUUAUGUUGCAUGCAGACUGAUUAAACCAGUUUCUUUUUUUAUAUCACCUGUUGUUAAUUGUUGAUAUAUAUCGUUUUAUUUAGUUAAGUAGGGUCAACUCAACCUUCAAGUAUACAGUGUUCCCCGAUCUUUAUACCUGAUCCAAUAACUGUUGCUUUGGGCAUUGAGCAAUUGCACACUGGGAAGCUACUGCUUGGUGGUCACUCCAGCUAAUCAUUGCAUAGCCUGCGUAGCAGGCGCUAGGAAAUAAAUGAGCGCAAGAAAGAAUUAACCCUUUAAGUCCCGAUAGUGACCAAGAUCAAUUUUCUCCUAACAGUAUCCAUAUACAUGUUACCAAGAGAAAUGGUUAUGAGAGUUAAUAAAAUGAUCACCUAAGAGAAAAUGCUUUGAUCUUCUACCAAAUUCUCUCAACUUAUUCCUUAAGGAAAUGUAUAAAGACAAGUUUGGAGAAUUUUUCUGUGGAUAUUGUGGCUUAAAGGGUUAAGAAGUGUGCGCGAGGGAGACGCACUCCACUCGCGUGUCUCCCUCGAGCGCGCCCGUUCUUUCUUGUACCCAAUUAUUUCCUAGCGCCUGCUAUGCAGGCUAAUCAUUGCAAUGAGUUCAGCAUGCCCAAAUGCUCAGUGACCAUUACCAAUGACCAAUUGCCAAAGCAACCUUAAAUUUUAUUAAAUUAGGUAUAAACUGUAUCACAUGGGUUUAAUCAACUAUCAAUGUCAAUUUUCAGGACGACGAUACUCACAGAUACCAAGUAAUGAUGAACAUUCUGAAUACUCUGUAUAUAGCUACUGUGGUGAUAAUUUUCCACGGCCAGAAAAACGGUCUUCACGAUCAGGAACUGUAGACACUCAAAUAAGCAUCACCAGUGACGAAUUGCCUCCCAAUCUACCAAGGAGGUACCAUCGGCCAUUCUUCAUAACUGUGGUGACAAUUGUACACUGUGCACUUAUCAUCUACAUUUGUGUGGUUGGUGGAAUUGAAGAUAUUAGUUUUUCACCCUUUGUUAUGAGUGAAUCAGUCAACACUUUUGGCUUUAUAGCAAAUAAUAAUAAUGACUCAGUGCACAAGGAAAAGGUAUCUAGGUACUCUGGUGUCAAUGGAUUCAUUGGUCCCAACUCUUCCUUUCUUGUGACUGUAGGUGCGAAAUUUGGACCGGUAAGUUUAUUGGUGUCAAAGUUUGUUAUUCUUAAAUGUCUUAAUGAUAACUCGCCCUUGAUGCCUUAUGCCUCAAGGUAAAAUUUCUUUUGAAUUCUGCAAGUGCAGAAUCACAUGGGACAUAAAAUCCAAAGAGGAAAAAAAAGGAUGUAUCGCCCCUUUUUAAGGAAAUCCAGAAUCUGCAAUUCGGGGAAUUUUUGCUUGUGGAAUCCGGAAUCUAGCACAUUUUACUGUGGAAUCCGGAAUCCCGGGCUUUGGAAUCAUGAACACAGGUCAAGGAAUCCAGAAUUCCAUUUAAAAAUUGGAAUCUGGAAUCUAAAUUCCACUGACAAAGAAUCCAGAACUGAGUAUCUGAAAUCUUGAAUCCUCGGGACGGAAUCAAGAAUUCAAGAAUGAUAGGAGGAUUGGAUGUGGAUCAAUGCCUGGGCGCCACUCCUUCUGCAGUAGUCUUUUUCGCAGCUAAGAUGUUUUUGGACAAGGCUUGACAUCCAAAAACCCUCACUUCAGUGUCUGGUUGUUUAUCCUGCUAUGACUCAAGAGGGAAUUUUUUCUAGGGUUGCCACUAAGAUUUAACUCAAGGCAACAAAGAGGGAAUCAAACACCUAGGAUUUCUUUUGGUUCUAUUUGUCUGGUUUUUUAAAAAUCCUACCAUGACUUAAGAGGGUAUUGGCUGGUGAAAUGGAAAUAAAAGCUAAAUCCACACAGGGUCGCCUCUUUUUGAUUCAGGAUAUCCCAACUUGGGUCAAGCUUAUUUUAAAUGUUCCUCCACUUCCAAAAGUAGAUAACUACAUGGCAAAUCUCUGUUUAUAUAAAAUGCUUUUAAAUUAAUAAAAAAUGAAAAAGUGUUCUUAAUGAAGGUUUCUCUGUUAUUUUCUCCUGGAUCCUCCCACUAUUUCUGUGCCUACUGACACUGGCCCUUCCUGCUCAGAAUUCAGUUUUAUUUCUGGAACUGAAUGUUGUUGAUCAUCAUUCCUUUAUACAAAAAUUUCAGCAACAAUUAUUCUUUAAUUGGAAUUUACUAAUAUUUGGUUUACUUUUUAUGUAUUAACUUUUACCAGUGCAUGAAAAAAUUGGAAGUUAUUGAAAAUAGAGUCAAGUCAAUAGAAAAGAAUGAGAGUGAUUUUGUAUGCUGUUCCUUUAAUGGGGAGUGUGGGAUGAUGAAAAAUGCAAGGUAAGGUGACAUAUUUUGUAAUUUUAAUGAUUGCAAAAAGCUUGUUGAAUCAGAUAUGAGAUACUAGAAACGUCCUGGGGACCUUGUCUUAUUAAUUACCUCUAUACUCUGACACAGGAUUUUAUCUUUUUUCCAUCCUGAGUAGCCUUCGAAAACAGCUGUGUUAAUCUCCUUGCUAGUCUUCUCCACUGGGGACAUUUCGCAUGGAGGAACAGGUCUCAGCAGCAGGAAUUCCAUACUGAUGAUGUAAAUCAAUGUUUACAUAGUAAAUCUGAUAGUCAUAGGGUUCCAAAUGCAAAUUUGUUCAAUUUUACGUUUCUCCUGGUCAAUUUUUGUAAAGUGUUGACGUGUCUGCGAAUGAGCCCCAGCAAAACUCAAGUGCUUCUUCUAGAGAAGACUAUAUUCCACAAAUAUUGACUGUUUUGUUAGAGAUUCAUGGCAUUUACAUUUGACCUUUGUGGCCGUUUGUCUGUCAUUUGUGAACAAUAGCUAAAACAAUAUAACUACUCUGUCAACCAAUCAGUGCUUCUGACUGGAUUUUGCGGGACAGAUUUGAUGUCAUCAGUGUGGAAUUUCUUUCGCUUAGUCGCAGACAUUCCUCCUCGCAAAACCUCCCCAGCGGCCAGGAGCGAGGGAAAACGGCUGCUUUCGCGAGCCAGUUGUAGGGUGGGAGGGUCCGCUUAGUCUGUUCCCCUCCAACCAAAUGCAUGUAAUUGCUUAGAAACUGAAAUUGGUACUACUGUAGAAUCACUUGGGGUGUGCUUGAAAAUAAUAUUUCUUCUCCAAGAAGGGUGUAAUAAUAUAUUUAUUAAUAGCCUCGAAAUAGCUUCAGUGAUGUGCACAAGUUUAGACUGCUCCAAUAAAAAAAAUUACUGAAUCUGCCUAUGACAGAGACCCUGUUGCUCUUAGGAAAUUGGUCCUGAAGUUCAUGGAGAGCUAUGAUUUUUAUGACUUCUUAUUGUGCUACUGGGAAGUUUGAUGACAAAGAAAGGGGCACUUGUUUCUUAUUUUGUUGAAUUGUGUAUUUCAGCUGUCCAGGUGUGGUCAUUGAUUCCGAGAACUGUACUUCCAAUAGUGUGAAUUGUACCCGUGGCAUAACACUCAGACCCUGUUGUCUGGGUCUGUACUGCCAAUGUCAAGUGAUUUCCCAGUCAAAGUGUUCAUUUCAAAGAGGUCACUGGCACAAAGACAAGGUAAGGCGAAACAUAGCAUUGGGCGUGGCUAAAGUUGGCUUCUUCUAACAAUUUCAAUUCCAGCAUUUUUAGCACUUUAUAUGUUUGAUUGAUGGGGGAUCACCUAACUACCACUCUGUGUCAAUUGUUUCUGUCAUAAAAAUAAAAAAGUUCUGGUCACUUUCAUGACAUAACAGGUCACCAUAGCAACAGUAUGACCUGUUGAAAAAAAACAUAAGAAAAUUUUCCAUGAAGCCAGAAUUUCAAAAUUUAACCUUUUAUGAAGUAUAAAAAAAGUUUGGGAGUGAAUUCAGGGCAACCUUGAAUUUUCAAAAAAGUUAAGGUGGCUCUGAACUCACUCCCCCAAAGCUAAGCUAAGCUUAGUCAAAAGUUGAAUUUAAUCAUGCUAGUGACUUAAAGAAGCCGGCCAUUUUAAGCGCAAGCUACUGCAUUGAGGAACUCGUUUACUUUUUCUCAGAAUUCUAUUGCACAAGUAAAUUCACCAUUAUGUUCCUGUCCCAAUUGGGCCAUCAAGCUAAUGACCAACUGGUGAAGAUGUGCUGUAUGAAAAUAGGAAAAUUGAGCCAUAACGUAAAUUAGAAAAAGCAUGAUUUCUCUGUAACUUUGGAAAAUUUGAGGUUAAUGCUUUUGCCAAAUGCUACGAAAGAAGGGAGGUUUCUUCUGUAUCCAGACUCCUGGAUAAUCCAAGAGAGUUGGUAUAUAUUAUGAAGCAUGUUCUUGACUAACUCCCAUAAACAUCAUAACUUGCCAGAAGAAGUUAAGGGUUUAUUUUGUCGCUCAAAAUGAUAUAGCUUCUGUGCAAAGAUGUGAACUGCCUGGAUGGGAUUUGUGGAAUGUAUAAAGUGAAAGACAAGACCUCUGGUCACCAGUGGUACAGGCUGAUCACUCCAAUAUUCUUACAUCUUGGUAAGUUCGAUUUGGUUAAUUUUCAGCCAUGCCACCGAAAAGAAAAGAUUUUAAUUCCAAUAUCGCAACUGAAAUUAUACUUUAUUUAGCAGAGAAUUCACAUGAUCAGGCAAUUGUGUAGAAAAGUAGUCAGAUUUUUGGUGAUUUCUUUCAAGUUAGGCGCUUGAAGAUAUGAAGACUUAUUUUCCAAAAACUUUGAAGAAUUUAAACUUUUUCGAUUGUAUCUACUUAUAUUAUUGCUAGAGACUGAUUUUUGUCAAGUUUUUCUUAUUGGUUAACCUUUCGUUCCUUGUCCACAUUAUUACAAGACUGAUUGUCACUCCAACUUUUGAAUCAGUGGAGGAAAGCCUACCAGAAACCCAUGAACAGAGCUAGCAACUCUAAUAACAGGCUAAGGCGUUUCCACAGACCUGUUUAUUUUUAGACUUGAGCACAUUUUCCCGCGUAAAUGGAAACUGUGCUUUGUGCAUGUGGUUAAAAGAAAGCUAAACGUCAUUAAAACGUCAAAAUGACCGUUUUCAGGUGUGUGGGUUUUUUUGACAGCUGGUGCGCGGGACUUAAACGAGAUUAUAAAUUGGCACCAAAAACGUUCUGAACAUAACCUGGUCCGUAAAAUCGCUACGAAACGAGUACAUGGAAGCUGCUUGUUUUAGGUUGUCAUGUGGGCUCCUGAUCUUUCCAUUCAAAUAAACCAGCUCUUUGGCAGACUUUUUGCAAUUUAUUGUCGAAUUUUACAGAAAGAAACUCAUUAGUUGUUUCUGUUUUUCUCCCCACCUUUAUUGCCUCUGUCAUGGUCCUUUCUCAUGGCGGAAUCACCUAAGUAUAGUUAUUUCCAUACUUAAAGGUAUUAACUUGUACUCUUGUCUCAAGAUGUACUACUUUAAAUUGUAAUUCCAUCUUUGUUUUUUUCUGUCAGGUGUUAUUCAUUUGGUAACCAAUCUGUUCUUCCAGAUUCCAGUGGGAAUACUGAUUGAGAGAGAAAUUGGGUAGGUCUUCAGAUCUCUCUUUAGAAAUCACCUAAUCCAAAAAGAAGCGUGAAACAAUAAGAAGGAAGAUUUGAACUAGGGCUGCGUUCAUACAAAUUUUCGACCAGCUGAAUAAGGGCGUGUUUACAAGGAAAGAGGGUUACCCUUACUUAACUUACUUACUUACUUAACAGCAUCCGAGAAAAUCGGUUACCCUUGUGCUAGGGUUACCCUAGCAAGCGGGUUAAAGAUCGCUCUGGUUUACAAGCAAAUUUCACAGGUAGGGUUACCCUAUCACCCGGGUCAACUUUGCCAGCUUUGCUGACGUGUUUCGUCAUGCGUGACAUUCUUUGUAAUGGCCAAAGAUUUGAAGUAAUCUUGAACGAAAAAAAAGGGAAAUAUUAUUAUCGUAGACAGAAAAUAACUUUUUAUUUCUCAGGAAAUAUUAUUAUCGUAGACAGAAAAUAACUUUUUAUUUCUCAGAUGAUUGUGCACCCUGCCUAAACGCACCCGAAUUUUCUACUACCGUAAACUUUCAUUUGUUUAAGCUGUCGGUGGCUUGAACUCAGUCCAGGGGCGAUCCAGGCGAUUUUUCUCAGGAGCGGGUUUUAUGGUAGUUAAAUACGGACAUCUACGGAGCUAAAUGUAUCGUUCCUGUUUUGGAAUAAACCGUGUUUUUUUGACUGCUUAGUUUCCACAUAAGCUGCCGCCGCUGUUUGUAUCGUUAGAUUGAUAGAAAUCUUUUUCCAAGUGAUUUAUUUCGAAGGUCGCGUAGCAGUGAAGGUGAUGGUAUAAUCAACAAUUGGUUCAACGUAAUACGCCUCACUUCUUAAGUUAUUAAGUUCAAUUUUAACUAUGUUACGUUUCGAAAUAUGAAUGGAUGAAUUCAUGGACGAAUUCAAAUUUCUCUUCUGUAAUGAAAACUUUUCGCCCUGGAAACGCCUUAAACUAUUUGAUUUUGUUCACAGAACUGUGCGUACAUGCUUGAUAUACCUGAUAAGUGGAAUUGGUGGGAAUUUAUUUUGUGGACUAUUUAACCCUCUUAGUCCGCAGGUGAGUCCAUUUGGUCGAAACCCAGAGUUUUAAAAGUGACCCGAAAUUUCCUCUAAGGACGUAGCCACGCCGCCUUGGAGAAGGCAAAAAAGAAAGAAACCACGAAAGAAAUGAUGACCCCUUUGUGAUUAAUCACCUCUUUUUAGUAAAUAAAAUGAUUUGUGUGGAGAGAAGAACCUAGAGGAAAUUUCUGAGUUCCAGAUGGGAAUAGACCUUUUUACCGAUACAGCGGCCAUAUUGAAUUAAUUGGAUUUAAGAAGUAUUAUGGGAUGCCCAAGGGGCAUGAGCACGAUCUGAUAUACUCGCAUCAGUAUUUACGCGGGCUUUUCGAGCCAAUCUUUUUUAAGUUUUCCUAGGAAAAGAUUGUUAUGGGAAAAAAGAUCGUUGUGCCGUGUUUGGAUGUAAUAAUGAUCGCCGUUUUCCUGAGAAAUAUACAUUGAAGUUCUCUUUUUGCCCAAAAAGCGCGCGUGAAUUCUGAGCGAGUUCCCCUGGGCAUCCCAUAAUACUCCUUAAAUCUAAUAAAUUCAAUAUGGCCGCCGUAUCGGUAAAAAAGUCUAUUAAACAGUCACGACCUUCCAGUCACUAGUUUGAUGCCCUAACCACUGAGCUACCUAGAAUUCUAGUGAUGAGCAGGUCAUUUUUGGGCUGACGUAACGACCGCAUCGCGCAUCCACUUCAUGCCAAAUGAACAGACGAAUAAACUAUUUUGAAAGCUCUUCAUGGUAAUAUCGAGUCUUUAUUACCGGGUAAACCUUUUUGUGACGAGUGAAACCCUUUUGCAUGGUAUUACUUUUGAGUGGUACGUUUUGUUUUUCAUGGCAUUUUCAAAACGAUAGCGAUGAUUUUUUGCCGGUGACAGCAGCAAUUGUUUUCUCUGAAGGUUGGCGCGUCAGGUGCACUGUUUGGACUCAUUGGUUUACUGAUUGUUAAACUGCUUCAACUAAGACAUGACGUGAGGCGGCCUUGUUGUGAAGUGCUAUGUCUGCUAAGCGUGGCAUUGAUCAGUUUUGGUAAGUAUAAUAACCUGCAAAUUCAAUCACUUUGAAUAAUACCAUCAUCUGAAAAGUCUCUCUUAAAGUCAACACUGUUGUACACAGAUUUUCUUGCAUUAAGCGUCGACCACAGUUUCUCAUUAGCCUUGACACUGUCUACAGUCUAGGUCACCGAAAUUAUCACAAAGUGUUCAUAUAAACUCAAAUUUCACUGCAUUGUAUUGACCACUAUUGCUGGAAAUAUCUGUAUCUCGUGAAUGUUCAUCAGUAGGUUGACUGAAACUGAUGUGUGCAAUUCCACAAUUGGUUUUGGUUCCAUUAAAUCCUGUAGCAGACGUUUUGCUCCCGGAAUAGGCCACUUCCGAGUUCCAAAAACCCUCACUUUCAAAAUGAGGCUAGGUGCACAACCUUUCUUGUGAAAAUGAGUUUUAUUUGCAUGAGAAUGAAAAAUGAUUUCCAUAUCAAAGGCUGAGCACCUACCCUCGUUUUGAAACAGAGGCCCGGGGGAACUCGGGAAUGGCCUAUUUAAUUUUUUGCCAAAUUAAGAGAAAGUGUCCGCGGCUUCAUUUUGAGUUGCUCCCUGCCCUUUUAAAUUCGGUUAUUUUACAGGCCGCUGUAUAAGAGGGAAUGAAGAAUUAUGCAGAUUUUGGAGGGUGUCAACCCCGCCGACCCUCUUCCUCUUCGAUCUGCAAAAUAAAUAAAAUAAAAUAAAUAACUAGUUAGAGGUAGCACAUCCACUAAGUGUUUCCUUGUCUACUGAUUUCUGGUCGAAUUGGAAUUUAAAAUGUUGGUUUUUGAGGAGAGGGGAAAACCGGAGUACCCGGAGAAAAACCUCUUGGAGCAAGGGAGAGAACCAACAACAAACUUAACCCACAUAUGGCUUCGACGCCGGGAUUUGAACCCGGGCCACAUUGGUGGGAGGCGAGUGCUUUCACCACUGCGCCAUCCUGUGCUCCCCAAAGUUAUGAUUCAUAAUUCUCAAACUCAUUAAUAAUUCAUAAAGAAAAUUCUAGGGAAAUUACAGUCAAACCAGGUCAAGCGUUCCCGUCGCUAACGAACUAAUGAAUUCAUUCACGGAAAAAUGAUUUCGUUUGUUGAUUCAAUAAUCCAUUCAUAAAAUGAACAAUCCAAUAGUCAUAUUUAGCCUCGAUUCUAUAAUCGAAUGUUGAUUCGAUUACUGUUUUUUGAAAAAUUCCACUUUCCACAAGUUGACCUCAGAAUUUGUUUUUUCCGCUUUUUUUUCUGAGAGUCGAGUGCUGGCGAGUUCUGAAGUUCAAACCCAAACAAACUGUUACAUGUACGCCAGUUUGCUGCCAAUAAUCAGUGCAACAGACCUAGGCCUGACCUCUUAGAAAACACGACGGUCAAACUGAGGUCAGUGUAUGUGCGGUGAUUGGUGGAUUUCGAUCCUCGGCCUUUGUCAGUUUCUUUGCGUUUGCGGUCUGUCUAUUCUAGCUGUUAUUUUGAUUAAAGGCAAUGAAAAACGCAAUCGUAAACGGCAGGAAAAGGGAAGCAAAUACGAUUGAACACAACAGACAAGAAUAAAGAACAGGUAGAUUUUGUUCAUAAACCAAAUCAACAUUUGAUUAUUGAAUCGAGGUACAAUUUGACCGUUGGAUUAUUCAUUUUAUGAAUGGAUUAUUGAAUCAACAAACGAAAUCAUUUUUCCAUUAAUGAAUUCAUUAGUCUGUUAGCGACGGGAACGCUUGACCUGGUUUGACUGUAAUGUUUAAUGAGUGUUUGGAUAUCAGAUGAAAAACUGCUCAUUUUUGCAUCCUUAAUUUCUCCUUCAAAAAUGAUUUUGUUUGCGAAGAAAUAUCAAACAUUCGACACAGUGUUUCAUCACCAGAUGAAACACCUCGAAGUUCGUCAAAAAUACUCCGCUGCGCGUCGUAUUUUCAACUCUCUUCUCGGUGUUUCAUCUGGUGAUGAAACACUGCGUCUCAUGCUUGAUAUAUUACUUCAAUUCAUAAUACUUGAUGUCAUUCGAAAACCGAAUCCAAUAACUGCUGAUGAUUCUUCUCUAUCGUGAGGAACAUUUAUACGUCGUAAACUGAUGAUGAAUUCCCCUUUUUUAGCCUUGGGUACUUUACCAUACAUUGGAAACUUUGUACACAUUGGUGGUUUCUUGUUCGGACUGUUCGCUUCCCUGGCUCUCCUUCCACGCACGAAUUAUCGUUGCAGGAACUUAGCAGUAAACAGCUGUGUAAAGGCGAUUUUUACAACACUGCUUCUCAUCCUAUUGGUUGGUAUGUGUGUUGCGUUCUUCUUGGUGAAGAACCCCAGAACAUUCUGCUCGUGGUGCCACUAUGUCGAUUGCGUGCCAUACAAGAAGGACCAUUUUUGCCCGAGUAUGAAUUCUGACGGAUUUUUAGAUAAUGGAACUUGACGCCAAGUAACGAAAAUGUUUAGAGUUGUAGCUAACUGUACGUCAGUAGGCAUUCGACUAAGAGCAGUCUCCCUUCCGAGAUUUAGUGAGAGGAGUGCACGCAUGCGUGAGUGUCGAGCAGCGAACCCGCGAAACGAGAAGAAAGGCCGUCUCUCGUCUUCAAUCAGCUGCGUGGUCAUUUUCGUGUCUCGCGCGUUUCUCUCGACAGUCUAGCAAAAAAGAGACUGCUCGAAGUCUAAGGACACAUGUGCGUACGUGCAGAAAAUGUAGAAAUAUAAUAAUAAACAGAAGCAAGAUAGGAAAACAAAGCAGAGGAAUUAAGCGGAAAAAUAUUUGAACCUUCUUUCAAUUAAUUUUCAAUCCAAAAUGCGGUGUGUUUUUCCCGAUGUUGCUGCCCGCGAUAACUGCUUGCAAAACACGAUCCUCCGUCGGUAAUCUUAGCAUACUGCUACGAAACGCAAACUGAAUUUCAUCAAAUCACACGCGUGUUACAGGGGCGGAUCCAGGAUUUUUUUACGAGGGGGUGCACUCGUCUCUUGCUCUACUUCAACACAUGCAAUAAACCACA